AUGGGCGAAUUGAUCAUUAGCCACUGGGAUCCGGCUGCUGACGGUGUAUUGUCUCGCACAACAAUGGAAGCUAAGCUACAACGAGAGGUACGUUUCAGUUUAAUUGUCUUUAUUUCAGGUCCCGACUGUUGCCAUUUCUCUAACCUUACUUAGAAAUCCUCCGUUUUCCAGGGUUAUAGUUGCGUUCCGUACACGUUUAAUCCUGGAAUGGUCUUCGGAGAACACACACACGAUGUUGAUAAGAAGGACGUUGUUGUUUUUGGCGAACUAGAGUUCACAAUUUUUGGCAAGACAGUGCUUCUGAAAGACGGAGACACAAUAGUUGUACCCAAGACUGUCCCCCAUUCUGCCAAAGUCGUUGGUUCAAGACCUCUAGAGUUUUUUGAUGCUACCAAAAAUUCAUAA